AAGUCUACCAUUGCUACCCAGCUGGCCCAAAGGCUAAAUUUGCCGAAUGUCCUACAGACAGAUAUGGUGUAUGAAUUGCUACGAACAGCGACAGAUGCACCAUUGACAUCUACUCCAGUAUGGGCCCGAGACUUCAGCUCCUCUGAGGAGUUGAUCACUGAAUUUUGUAGAGAAUGCAGAAUUGUUCGUAAAGGUUUGGCUGGUGAUUUGAAGAAAGCUAUGAAAGAUGGGAAGCCAAUUAUAAUUGAGGGAAUACAUUUAGAUCCAAGCAUUUAUUUGAUGGAUGACGAAAAUAAGACAUUAGCUAACAUGCUGGAAAAAUCUAAAGAGGCUAAUCAUGUAUCUGUGACAUGUGAUGAUAGUACUGCAACAGAGAUUGAAAACAAUUCUAGUAGUGUUAAUGGAUAUGACAGUAAAAAGAGCAAUUGUUCUGGGCAUGUGAGCUCAGAAGAAGGGAGUUCUGCUAAUCAGCUGAAUAAAGUCUCGGAUACUCUGGAGUCUAUCAACCUAGCAAGAAGUGUGUCCGGGAGCAAAGGUGAAACUCUUAAAGAUACAGAGACUGGUGGAAAUAGUGCUGUUAGGAAGGAGAAGUCUGGUGCUGAACCAAUAAUUGUACCUAUAGUUCUGAAGAUGUCUGAAUUUGAUCAUAAGGCAUUACUAGAGGAGUGGAUCUCGACUCGUAUAUUUAAGGAUAAAUGUCUAGUCCAGGAUAAAGAUAAGCUAAUAGCCAACUUAAAAAUCAUUCAGGACUAUCUUUGCUCGUUCAAGUCACAGGGUUUGACGGUUGUCAAUAUAUCACCAACGACAUUCCCACAAACACUGGAUUGGCUGCACAGUUAUCUUCUUCAGUGUAUUGAGCAGGGCAUUUCAUCUAAUUCCAACGAAAAGGAGACACGACCAGCUGAAAAUUAGAACACAUUCUGAUGUUAGCUUGAGAGAGAUACCCCUCGUAAUGAUCUAAAUUCAAAUCGGGAGAGAACAAAAUCCGUAGGGGUUCCGGGCAUGACUUCAUGGGGAAGUGGCUGGAAGUUGGAGCACCAAAUGUCGGGAAGUGAAUGUAAAGCUUAACUUUUCACAGGGACCUUUCUUGAGCCUCUAGCCGGAUGAAUGAAGGGUCUUGGGAUUCGUCUUCUUUUGAUUACAAUUCCAUUUCUCUCACUCCAAUUGCCAGCCUCUUGGAACACCCUGCACUUCCUGAAAUCCAGGUGCCCGAUUUUCAAGACCGGAUCAUGCUCUAUAGAGGACGUGCAGGGCCCCCACUAAUGGUUCGAUAAGUUAAUUGUUUUAAAAUACUCGUGCCCCCCUUGGUGUAUGAGACGUUGUACAAAUGUAUGCAUUUCGAUUUGGCCGAAUUCUUUGGUUACCAAUUCCAACAUAUUUGUCUUUAUCAGUUCACCAUUUUAGAAGGGGAGGAAGGGGUUAUUGUGAAGCUUAAUUAUAUGAUGUGCUAUGUGCGCAUCGAUGAUUGAAUGCAUUCUCUGUACAGCCUCUUUAGAUAAACAAAAAAGGAUGCAGUUGUUAUUGUUCUA